UUUACUUGGUGGGCGCGCGGGGAUCGAAAUUUCGUAGAAAUCUUUGGCGCGAUCGCCCCUUGUCCUUCCUCGCGAUUCUAGUCUUGGAGAUGAUCAGUAGCGGCGGCGGUAGUAGCAAGCAACAGUAGCAGCCUGCGAGUCUCUCCAGGACUUAUUUCCUCUGUCGGUGGUCUUUAUUAGCGGCAAUGGAGACUGGCCUCCUCGCCUAGGCUGUGCGUGCAUUGGACGACCGGCGAGGAGCUGCCAAGGAUCGAAGGAUUCUCUACUGGAGGAAUGACCAAGGGAAGCCUGCGCCGCCUGGAAUUGGAUUGCCUAUGCCAGCCCGGGGCAGUGAGAUGGAUCGAGGUCUGGUUUGGCGAUUGCGUGUACAGCCCGUGGGAGAUUUUGGGAUUUUGCGUGGGGAUGUCGUCGGUGUUCUUCUGGAUGAUCGCCCAGAUGCCUCAGUUCGUCAGUAAUUUUCUUCGGCAGAGCGCCGAUGCUCUCUCGCCUUGGUUUCUCUUCCAAUGGCUUGCGGGCGAUUCGUUGAAUCUUUUGGGCUGUCUUCUUACUGGCGACCAGCUUGCGACUGAGACAUUCACUGCGUAUUACUUUAUUUUUGCCGAUGGUUUAAUUAUCUCACAGUACUUAUACUACCGCGCUCGUAACAACAACUUCGAUGAAUCUGUACAUAAGCCUACGAAUGAUUAUCAAAGCGUGCUACAAAUAAACUCAGAAGAUGGAACUUCCAGACCGGCGGAUCUUCCGACGCCUGGUCAUGCAAGCAACAGCAUAGGAAAGCAGAAGCAGGAUUCUAAACGCCAGAAUCAGCAAGUGCUCCAACAUUCCAACGGCAGUCAGCUUGGUAUUUUAGCUAGAGGGGAACGGUUUCAGGAUUUCGAGGAAGAAAAGCUGCAGCACCUUAAGUAUCAAGUUGCCAAAGCUUCACAGCAGCAUGCGUGUCCUUCUCGGCGCCAGUUACGAAGAGUUGUGAUGGAAUACGGGCUGGAGUACGGGCCUCCAUCCAUGUCCAAGUUCACCACACAGCAGGCGUCGCGAUUGCCAAAACUUAAUCUAAAGCGCACAAGCGGGAAUAACAAGAACUUAAACCCGGGCUUGAAGAAAGCGCUAUGCUUGGCUGGUACAGUAAUGGCAGGAAUCCCUGGAGGCGAUGCUCUCCAGGCAAACCGGAAGCUUUUGAGGCAUUGUAGUGAGAAUCAAACCGAGAGCAGGCUCCAAUGGGUAAAGCAAACUGGAACUUUCUUCGGGUGGAUUUCUUCUGGACUUUACUUGGGCUCCCGGAUUUCCCAGCUCGUCAAGAACAACCAGAGAAAAUCAGCGGAAGGACUGUCGCUGGCGAUGGUGUCGUGCGCGGUGCUCGCGAAUCUCACGUAUGGAGCGGCCAUUUUGAUGAGAGCAAAGACAAUGGACGAUUUGAUAGGAAAAGCUCCGUGGCUUUUGGGAAGUUUGGGAACGGUGUCUUUGGACAUCACCAUUUUCUUACAGGCACAAUACUUGAGCUCGAGGUGCUCGAAAAAAGACGAGGAGCCAAACGAGACAACUCCGUUGCUUCCAGCGUAACGUAAAAGGCAAGGUUUUGGACGAGGCCCCCGUUUUUUUCCCCAUUUUUUACUUUUCUUUUGUGAAUAUUUUGUAUGUAUCGAACUCCAUUCUUUGCAGUUUACAGGCUUGUGCACAAAAAUUACAAGAAAAAAGAGAGAGAAAAAAAAAAAAGAACAUCAAGAAAUAUUCUCAUA